CUUGAAUCUCAGUUUCAGUUUAACUUGGAGACAUCUACCUUCUUUUUUGUCUCUAUUUUGAGUCUUAGAAUUGAUUCAUUCAACAUUGAAUGGAGCAAAACAACAACAGCAGCAAAAGCAUCAACGACAUGCUCCCUCCAGAAUUGAUAACUCAAAUCUUAUUGAGACUUUCUGUCAAACACCUUGGGCGCGUCAAGAGUGUUUCCAAGUUUUGGAACAAUCUCAUCUCCAACCCCAAUUUCGCAAAAUCUCAUUUUGAACUCUCUCUGGCACCCACCCAUAGAUGUAUCUUCAUCCCAGAAGUUACAAUUGAUCAUCGAUCCAUUGACCUCGAUGCACUAUCCCAUGCUACUUAUGCUGACGCUGCCGCUGCUACAAUAACAAAGAUUUCUCCUUCUCCUGCUGCUGCUGAUAACGAUUCUGAUCCUGAUUAUGAUGAUCACAUCGUUCUUGGAUCAUGUCGAGGAUUCAUAGCUUUAUACCAAUACCCACACUUUUUCGUCAUAUGGAACCCGUUAACCGGAUCCCACAGAAUUAUUUCAUGCCAUCAUAUUGCGAAAAUUUCCGAUAUGGCUACUAAUUGUUAUUACUCCUUUGGCGGCGAGCUUCUCUUUGGAUUUGGGUACGACGCAACCAGAGAUGAUUACUUGGUAGUUUUAGCUUGGAAGGAUGAAAAGAAGAAUCAAGAAGGCCACUUUGAUUUCUUCUCCUUGAGGUCCAAUUCUUGGAGUAGUUUUAAGGAGGAUGUUAUUAUUCCAGACCAACUAAAGAGGAGGAAAAAGUGGGCACACUCGAUGUUCUUUAACGGGGCUAUUCAUUGGUUGAAUCAUGAUGGUGAUUAUGAUGCUAUUGCUACUAUUCUUGUCUUUGAUACUAGCAAAAGGAAGGGUUUUUUGGAGAUUGCUGUGCCAGAACAAGUAGGGAGGUAUUACCCUUGCCAUCUGACCGUAUUGGGAGGGUGUUUAGCCUUGUAUUAUGAUAAAGACGACGAUGAUUAUGAUAAAUCUGUGAUAUGGGUGAUGAAAGAGUAUAAUGUGCAGUCUUCUUGGACUUCCUAUGAGAUUCCUAGCAGUUACUUUGAGCCUGUGUGCUUGUCUGAGGAUGGCGAUUUUAUAGGAUUCGAUGAAUCACCUGGAAUGUCGAAAUAUAAUGUUAGAGGAGAGCUGCUCAUGCGUUUUGAUCGUUCUUGUAAUUAGAUUGGGUACGUUUCGUAUAGUGUUUAUACAGAGAGUCUCUUGAUACUGCCUAAUGAUGGCUCUGAGGAGAAAGAAGGGAGUUCAUCAGUUAAAGAGUUCAUCAGUUAAAGGGACUGAAGAGAGCACCAACUUAGCCACUUGAUUGUUGUUUUAAGCUAAGUACAAAUUUUUUUUCAUGUAACACAAAAAUAAGGAGAAGGCGAUGGUGGCAGCGACGACAGUGACAGCGGCAGCGAGGAUGACAACAACACUGAAGAAAGAAGCGCGCAGAAGAUAUGACGAAAGAGGAGGUGGAGAAAGAGGAAGAAUAAGCAACAACAACGCGUACUUACUAAGAAGAAUCCCGCGAGAUUUGUUUUGAGACAUUAUUUAGAAAACAUUUGGACAUCUAAUUUUAUUCCAAUACAUAAAGUAAUUAUUAUUAUUAUUAUUA